AAUAUGUAUUUUAGUGCAUUUGUUUUCUUUUUUCUGACAAACACGACGCCUUUUGUUUAAAUGCAGCCUAAUGGAAACUUUUUCACUAUUAUUAGUGUAUUAAUUAACAUUUAGAGGCUCAAAGUGAAUAGUGAAACUGUGUAAAAACUGUUUCAAAAGGAUCUCUAAAUAUCACUCCAGCUUCGGCCUAAAUCCUGAUGCUGCUAUGAAAACUGUUCUUGGCUGAAUAAUUCAGGAUCAUCAUCAAAAGUACGUCUCCAAGCAAAUUUAAUCACCAAAUGAAAUGCUGUUUAACAAUAAUAACACAGUCGAAUAAAACUCACCAACUCAAAAAGCACUUGGGCAGGAUGAAAUAUUACAGUCGCUUAAUGUUUCCCUCCAGAUGACACAUUUAGAGGCUUUGAUGUCCAGGGGGAGGGAAAAAGGAGAAUUUGGACCAAAUUUCUUAAAAUUGGCUGCAUAACAGGAUUAGUGAUAUGUGACACAUGUGCCCACUUACUCCACAGUGAUGACAAAUGAAAAUGGAUUGGAGUGUGGGAAAUAGCCCGUGUCCAAAGGUUUAUAUUGGGCGUUGCAAAGAGAGAACAGGCAAUACAAAGACUGGAGCCUCUUUCGGGAUAAUACUUCUAUUAUUCAUAGCUCAUGAGCAGCAUAUGCAUGUCAAACGCUCGCUUUGUUGCGACCCAGUCAGCUGAUUAUCACAAAAUGAACGUCGCUUCCGGCUUUAUUCUAAUCUUAUCCCUUGUUUUUGUUUGUUUGUUUGUUUGUUUUUACCUCAAGAUGCAAAAUGUUUAAAUGUUGACGCAAACGUGUGAUAAUUCAACACAUGGGCCGUUUAAAAUAGAGAUUUUGUAACCUUUACGCACAGAAAAUGUCAAAACCAGCAUGCAAUUGAGCAUAUUUUCCUAAAUAAUGUCUAAUAUUUAAUGUAUUUGGAGCUAUUCAGGGCCAAACAAACACAUACAGCAACCCCAGAUGAGAUAGGAGAAGCCUGCAGUCAGAGUCCUUUGUCUUUUUGUUCCCGGGUGCGAAACUGGACUGAUGCCUGACAAUAGUGCUGCAUGACUCACAUUGCUCCAACACUUGUGGACUACAUUGGUCUAUAUAUAGCCGGAGCAGUUCUAUUAAAUCCACUCAGGGAGACGUCAAAAACAUACCCGCUUGUGCUUCAGUGAUUAAAUAAUCAGAUGUAACUGUUUAAAAUAGCCUCCAAAUGAGUAUUUACGCACGUGUGGCGCAGCCCUUAAAUCUGAUCUGUCAUCUGAAACUCAACAAGUCCUCUGUUGUGGCCCCAAUGUUGUCAUCUGUGCCACAAACUCUGAGCACUUACAUGCACAACAAAGCCCGUGUCUUGUUGCCUGCGUGGUAGAAAACGCCUUUAAAAGCGUUCACACGCGUCCGCGGAGGUUAAGGUUAGGGUUAAGGUGAGGGUUAUGUUUAAAAAUGAACUUUAAGCUUCAAAAAAAUCGGUAAGAUGAGCAGCUUGGCGUGAAUUUGGAUAUAAUUCUCAGUUCUUCCCCUUGUAAUGUGAUAGUUUAAGGAUACCAGACAGAUAGAAGUAACCCAGCAGAGGCUCUACAGUGUAAACCGAUGCAUAAGAUAUUUUAACCUUGUCAAAAAAAAAUUUAAAAGUUUCAAAAUUCUUUUUUCAGUAUUUUUCCUUUUCCAUGCAGCCACAGGUCCACUUUCUACACUCUUUGACUCAUAUAGCCUACACGUUCAGACGUAGGCUAUCUGUCAUUUUGUGCCAGUGGUCACAUGGCUUUGGCCCUCAGGAAUGGAUAGAGAUGGAUCCCCACGUCAGCUUGUACGUCUAAGGAUUUCUGCUCCACCAGUCUGCCUCAAAGUGACUGGAGCGCAGCGACGCGGAGGAACUAUGCGAGGAUUAUUAUAGGACGUUUCCAACAGCAGAAUAUGGAUUUUGAUGAACGGAUCUCUGGCUCCAAUAUGUAUUUACCGAGCUGCACUUACUACGUCUCCGGAGCAGAGUUCUCGGGUCUCCCUCAUUAUUUAACCCAGAGUCAGUCCUCUUGCCCCAUGACAUACUCGUACCAGUCCUCAGCGCUGCCACAGGUCCCGUCCGUCAGAGAUGUGGCUUUCAGAGACUAUGGCAUUGAUACUUCAAGUAAAUGGCACCACAGCAGGGGGAGCCUGUCACACUGCUACGCUGAGGACAUCGUGCACAGGGACAGCUGGUCGAGCCCAGCCUCACGGGGGGGAGAGAUCCUGGUGAAAGGCGGCUCCGGCGUCAGCCACUCCAGCUCCUCCAACCCGGCGCCGGGCUUCUACGGGAGCGUUGGCAGGAACGGGGUCCUGCCGCAGGCUUUCGACCAGUUCUUCGACACGGCCUACGGGAGCGCGGAGAACAGCACAACGCCGACUGCACAGGCGCCAGACACGGACAGACACGCCAAGGCGAGCCCCGCUCCUGCGCACUCGGGCUCGGACACGGCGGAGAGCUGCAGCCCCAAGUCGUCCUCCGGCCACAGCGAGGAGAAGCAGAGCAAAAGCAGCAGUGGCCAGAGGACGCGCAAGAAGAGGUGUCCAUACUCCAAGUAUCAGAUCAGGGAACUCGAGAGGGAAUUCUUUUUCAGCGUUUACAUCAACAAGGAGAAGCGUCUGCAGCUCUCACGGAUGCUCAACCUGACAGAUCGCCAGGUCAAAAUUUGGUUUCAAAACAGGAGGAUGAAGGAGAAGAAACUGAACAGAGACCGUUUACAGUACUACACCACAAACCCCCUGCUAUAAAAAAGGAAAAACUGAACAAAAGACUGCGGCCAUGCACCCCCUCACAUUUAUAUCAUUACCUGAGCAGGAGGACGAGUUUUUCUAAUGUACCAGACUCCAUAAAGAAUUCUACUCUUCAUAUAUUAUUUUGUCAUUAAACACAAUUGGCUCUA